AUGACCAGUGGAUUCAGUAUGGAUUCAGAGGAGGUCAUGGUGGAAAUGGAAGAAACUGGAAGCUCCUCAGAUUCUCAACCAGGGUUGCGAAUAAUCCUGAUCGGAGAGAGAGAGGCAGGGAAGAGUGCUGUGGGCAACGCCAUCCUGGGCAGAGGGGUGUUUGACACGGUGGGGGUGAGAACCAGGGAGGCGGUAAGGCGGCAGGGCGAGGUGGCCGAGAGGCAAGUGACGGUGGUGGACACGCCUGGUUGGGAGUGGUUCCCCUCCAGGGGCUCCUCUCUGGGGGUCCGGAGGGAGAUCGUCCGGGGCGUGUCGCUGUGCCAGCCUGGCCCCCACGCCGUGCUCCUGGUGGUGCCCCUCUCCUUCACCUUCACCAGACGGGAGCGGCAGGCGGCUGAGGAGCAUGUGGAGUUGUUGGGGGAGCGGACUUGGGGGCAUACCGUGGUGCUGUUCACUGUGAAGGGAGGGCGGCUGAAGGACUCCACCCUGGAGGAGGAAGUGGAGGAGAGCGAGGAGCUCCGGGGCCUGGUGGAGCGAUGCGGGGGCCGCUAUCAUGCCCUGUAUGGGAGGCCCAGGAAGGGCCACGAUGCCGUGGCAGAGCUACUGGAGAAGCUGGACAACAUGGUGGCCAAGAACAGAGGGGAGUUGCUUUCCAGGAGGCUUUGA